ACAGAGUACUCCUUAUCAACUUAGCAGUGCACUCAUUCUAUCACUACACUUAUUCUCGCACAAUCAGCAGUUCUUUAUAUAUAUACACAACCCAAGACAGCAGGAAGAGGAUCUCUUCAGCGACUACGCCUAGACACCACAACACACCUGUCAACAUUCAACAAUCGACCAUGAACACUGCACAGCCGAUUUUCUCAAAGGGGGAAAACUGCAAACAAGUGUGGCACGACGCGAGUGCUGACUACAAUGAGGCCGACACACACCUGGAGAUCAUGGGCAAACCUGUUAUGGAGCGCUGGGAGACUCCAUAUAUGCACUCCCUUGGAACAGUUGCUGCAUCUAAAGGUGGACGGGUGCUUGAGAUUGGCUUUGGAAUGGCCAUAGCAGCCACUAAGGUGGAGUCGUUCCCCAUUGAGGAGCACUGGAUCAUCGAGUGCAAUGAUGGCGUGUUCCAGAGGCUGCAGGAAUGGGCCAAGAUCCAGCCACACAAAGUUGUUCCUCUAAAAGGCCUAUGGGAAGAUGUGGUACCAACUCUACCUGACAAUCACUUUGAUGGCAUUCUUUAUGACACAUACCCUCUGUCAGAGGAAACUUGGCACACACACCAGUUCAACUUCAUCAAGAGUCAUGCAAACAGACUCCUGAAGCCCGGCGGUGUGCUCACAUACUGUAAUCUUACCUCCUGGGGUGAACUGCUGAAAAGUAAAUUUAACGACAUUGACAAAAUGUUCCAAGAGACACAAGUUCCCCACCUGCUGGAAGCUGGAUUCAAAAAAGAGAAGAUCAGCACCACACUGAUGGAUAUCAGUCCUCCCAGUGAAUGCAAAUACUAUUCCUUUAAGAAGAUGAUCACACCAACUAUUGUUAAAGAAUAAGAAAACACAAACUUCCAACCCAUCAGUAUAGUGUCAAUUGUCUCAAGAGUUUCCAAAUUAUUUAAUUAAUUUUUAAUGGCGGAUUGCUCUAUAAUCUCUCAUAAUGACUCCAAAAAAGUUUUUAUAAAUGAUCAUGUGUAGCUGUACAAUGCAAAGGUAUUUUUUCUUCUUUCUUUGAUUGUAUUACAUGAAAAUAAACACUACAUGAUUUACAAA